AUGAGUGAGGCAAUGUAUACUUGUAUGAUAUUUCAUAAUAUGAUUCUCAAAGAUGAAGGAAAGGCAAUAUGUGAGUAUAAUGAAAAUGAGAUCGUUCAAUCGACACAAGCUUUUGAGGUUGGAAGCGGUAUAAGAAGUAGGACAAGAAAUGUUAGAGCAGUUAGCCAAUUACUGAUCUUCACCAAAGGGGGGUUGAUCCUCUGGGCCUCUUCAUACAAGUAUGAUGUACCUGGGGUUUCAUAUACUCUUAAAUGGACGUUUCACAAUGAGCUUGGUCUUGUGUUUGUUGUUGUGUAUCAAAAGAUUCUCUUUCUUUUAUACGUGGAUGACCUCCUUUCUAUGGUGAAACGAGAGUUUUUUGAAAUCGAUGAUCCCAAAAGAAUAGUGUAUGAUGAUUUUGAUGAAACAUUUAGACAACUCAGGAAGGAAGCAGAAGCUCAUGUUGAAGACAUGAAGAAAUCAAAGCAUGGGAUGAGUAAGCAAGUUAGUAAUAUAGGUAAAAAGCAAGGGCAAAUGCAAAAAUCUGGAUUUGAAGUAGAGUAUAGGGGUAAAGAAAAUGGUGAUAACAAUACUAAUAGAGGGGCGUUUGAUGUAAAUAAGUUACAAAAGAUUCGUUGUAAAGGUGUGAAGAAAACCAGUAACAAUCUUGUUCUUAACAAGGUUUCGAAAGAGGAACCAAAGAAAAAACCUGCAAAAAGGGAUAGAGUUUGGGAUGAUUCCCCCAAAGAGAAAAAGACCAUGUUGGAUUUCACGGAUCCUGGGAGUGAAAAUGGUCAUAGUUUCAUGGUUGUUGAACAAGUUAAAGGUGAGAGUAUAAUAGACAAAGAUGAGAUUGUCAACAGUGACAGUGAAAAUGAAGAAGAUGAUGAUGAGAAAGUUGAUUCAAAGAAGAAAUGA